AUGGGUCACGGUUCAGCAGAUCACUCCAGAGAUCCCUGUCCCUGGGUAAUUCUUAAUGACCUUGGAGGUGCGUUCGUCAUGGGCGCUGUUGGUGGUGGUAUUUGGCACUCUGUAAAAGGCGCAAAGAACUCUCCACGGGGUGAGCGCAUGGUCGGUGCUGUAUCAGCGAUGAAGGCACGCGCACCAGUACUUGGUGGCAACUUUGCAGUGUGGGGUGGUUUGUUCUCGACGUUCGACUGUGGUUUGAAGGGAAUUAGACAAAAGGAGGAUCCUUGGAACUCGAUCCUGUCGGGUGCUUUGACUGGUGGUGUCCUGGCAGCCCGAGGAGGUGCAAAGGCUGCCACUGUAUCGGCAGUUGUCGGUGGUGGUUUGCUUGCUCUCAUCGAAGGUAUCGGUAUUGCCAUCUCGAGAUGGACUGCCGAACAGAAUAAACCCGUAAUGCCUCAACUUUAG